CCGGCAACGACCAAAAACGUGGGAAGAAAAGGAGAAACACACGUAAGCGCGCUCGCUGGGGCUGGUGAUGGGCCUGCCAGAGGUGCGGAAUACGGGGCAGAGGAGGAGGCUCCAGUGCCUUGCCCUCGCCGUUUGGAGCUUCUGUUCUAGCUAUGUGCUGGAAUCACGCAUCAUCUUUGGCAUCUCUGCUAGACAAUGGCCCGAAACCCCCAUGCAGACACACGACACUGCAUGGGAACUUGCGGUAUAUAAAGUACAUAACGGUGGUGAAAAACCGGGGCGGGAUCGAGUCAAGUCCGGCCAGAUGCCAUCAAUCACAUGGGAAAAUGCGGAUGAAGGACGGACAAGACGGGGGUUUGUCGAUGCUGCUAGCACUGCUUGGACUUGGUGUACCCAUACAACACAUACAUCACAUACAACAACACUGUACCAUGCACGAUCGUGGCAGCAGUGGGAGAAGAGCAAAACACGGGAGGCUGGGGGCUUUUGGCGGGAUCCAGCCAGACCCGUAGCGCAGUCGGCCUUGCUGCGAGUCUGUUCGUCCGCAGUGCAAGGGACGGCCCUGGCGGACAUGGACGAUGGCAAUGAAAUCAUGGAAUUGCGCCGGCGACGAUUGCAGCCAGCUUUGGGCUUAGUGCUGGCGCAUGCACGCCGCCAUUCCAGGUUCCUUUGCCAUGGAUGCUUUACUGCAGGAGUACCAAUAGAUCUGACGGUAUCUGAGCUGCGUUUUAUGGAGAGGCGACUAGCAACCAGCUCUAGCCAGGCCCAGCUAAGCACCGCGGCGGCCAAUCACGACCCGGCGUGCGACUCUAUUUUUUCUUCGAUCCACGGAGCUUUGGCUCGUUGGCCGCUGCUCCAGGCGUGCGCAGCGCCGGGUGGCUCGGCUUCCUCAGCCCAUGCCUUGUAUAAUAAGGCUUUGGAUCCUGUGCUCUUGGCCUUCCUCGGCCAUUGUGCUUUGCUUUGCUCUGCUCUGCUCUCGUGCCGUUUCGCCCAAGCCAAGCAGAGGAUCUUGGCACCCUGAAAUACGCGGAACCUGAGCCACGCCUGUUCCUGUUCCUGUCCCUGUUCUUGUUUGAUUUCUCACUCGCAUCCGCCGUUGCAUAGCUCCAGCCUACUUUCUGACGUCUGCCUGCCUUACCCGGGCUACUGGUUCGCUAGGGACAACAAACAAGCAUCAUUGAACCAGAUCGAUCUGCACCCCUUAUUGGUCGAUUGUCAUUCACGUCAUAUAAACGUUCAGAUAACACACACAGCCCGCGGUGCAGAGAGAGCUCU